AUGAACCAAAUCAGUUUGAGAACUGAAAAGGGCGAAUACAGUGGAGGAGAGACCAUAUUUGGAGUUGUUUACCUAAGAAUUGCCACAGCAACAGUUGCACAAGCUAUCCAGUUGAAUUUAAAGGGUUUUGAAAGCUCUGAUUUUUUUCAACCAAAAAAGCAUACUUCAUUCAAAGCAUAUGCAGAAGAAGGAAUACCAGAGACUGCUGAAUCACACAAACCGAAAGAUGCCAAGAAUGACAUAAGUAUAUCCCUAAACACUGACACAUACAGUGAAGUAUUGAAGGGACUAAAAUACUACUUCAAUACCUCAGUGUCACUGUGGGAAGAAAAAGGUCCACUUCCAAGGGGUCAUUAUGUAAUCCCUUUCCAGUAUAAUUUACCUCCAGAUAUUCCAGGCUCAUUUUUCAAAGAAGAAGUUGGCCACAAAAUAUGGAAAGGUGUCGUCAAGUACACAGUCAAGGCUUUCAUCUUGGAAUCUGAUGAACCAAUAGAGUACACACAACCAAUUAUAAUCCAACCAACCAAUAUAUUCUCAGAGAAGUUAUUGUCCCCAAAGCCGACUAAAGUAACAGGGAUUGUCAAAAAAUGUUUCUGUUAUAGUCGUGGUGAAGUUCAUGUUGAGGCUAAAUUAAAUAAAAGUAUUUACAACUCGGGGGACAUUGCCAAGCUUGAGGUGCUAAUAGACAAUCAGUCAACAGAAGAUAUUGAUGUAAUCAGAGUCACACUCAGAAGGGUGGUACGUUUACUCGGAUGGUGGAGAAAUGGUAAUGGUAGUGAAGAGGAUGUGUACAGUGACAACAGUGAAAUGGAAGAUUUCAAUGGCAAACCACCUGUCUCAGUCUUUCCCAAAACAUCAGAGAUCGUCUGGGCAAGUCUUCUACAAGGUUGCCCCAAGUCUGAAAAAAAUAAAAUGCACAAAAGAUUAAUUGAUAUACCUCUGAUUGAAACAUUGGCAUCUAAUGACCAUGUAGUUCCAUUACUACCAUCUACUCUGGGUUCAUUAGUUCGGCAGUGUGCUUAUUGUAUAUCAGUUGAUGUUGAUGUACCCUAUGCUCCAGACAUCACAGUUACAUUAUCUAUUGAUGCAAUCAAAUCAACGUCAAAUGAACAGUGGGCUCAAUGGACUCCUCCAGACUGGAUGACGCAAUGCCAGGUAAAGCAUUCACUUGGCGAAUGUUCUGUACGACAGUCAGUUCUAGGAUCUGAAGUAUUCGCUGCUAUUCCUCCAUUUCAACCAACUUAG